AUGGUUUCUGGCGGUUAUCGGGUUGGCAUGCAUUUAUUAACCUCUGCGCUAAGACUUCUUGAGCCAAGAGUGGAUGAUGAUUUCGUGGAUCGUCUUCAUUAUCUUUACACUUCAACUAUGUUCUUCUUAUUCUCCAUUAUUGUAUCUGCUAAACAGUAUGGCCAUCCAAUUGAAUGUUUUGUACCAGCGCAAUUCACCAAAGCUAUGGAACAGUAUACGGAAAAUUAUUGCUGGGUUCAGAAUACCUAUUGGGUACCGUUUCAGGUAAUUCAAUUAAUUUCAUUAUUUGUAUCUCAAAAAGAAAAAAGGAAGUGGAAUUAUUUCGUAUAA